CUUUAUAAUUUUUGUUUACUUUUACUUCCAUCAUCUUCAUCAGGCAGGACCAAUUCAUCUUCAUCACCAUCAUCAUCUUCUUUCACAAAUCUCUCAACGCAUUGACAAAACUGAUCUAAAAAUCAAUGGGGUUAGGGUUGCUAGCUUCUAGAACUCUCCGAUCUAGGCUUCUAUUCACAAACCCUAGAAAUGUCAAAACCAUCGUCUCAACACCGGACCUCCACAAACUGGAAGCCGCAGCUGAACCGGCGGCGGUUGAGCCGGAUCUCCCGAAGCGGACACCUGUAGCCGGAGCUAGGGUUCAUUUCCCCAAUCCAGAUGACGUCAUCGAGGUUUUUGUGGAUGGAUAUCCGGUUAAGAUCCCCAAGGGGAUGAAUGUUUUGCAGGCGUGUACGGUUGCAGGUGUUGAUAUUCCGAGGUUUUGUUAUCAUGAUCGGUUAUCUAUUGCUGGUAACUGCCGUAUGUGUCUUGUUGAGGUUGAGAAGUCUCCGAAACCUGUUGCUUCGUGUGCAAUGCCUGCACUUCCAGUUGGGUGAAGAUGAUGAUGGUGAUGAAGAUGACUUGGUCUGCUGAUGAAGAUGAUGGAAGUAAAAGUAAACAAAAAUUAUAAAGAGAGUUAAUAAGCAAGGGUAUUUUGGUCAUUUGACAUGGACUUAACUGAGAAAUUUAAGUGAUGUUAGGGCUGGGGACCAACCGA